CUCAGUCUCCAUCACUGACGCGGUCAGUCCAUGUGAACUCUUCACUUCGGCCACACGACUUGCUAGAGUCCGUGUCGGUGCAGCCUAUAAAGAUGGCCAACCCCAGCCAGAGCUUCUAUGAGCUCUACCGGGGCACAUCCAUCGGUAUGGCGCUGGCAGACACUCUCGAUGACCUGAUCAGCACGCGCCGCAUCGAGCCUCAACUGGCUAUGCAUAUCAUGGCGCAGUUCGACAAGAGCAUUGCGAAUGUGUUAGGCGAGAAGGUGAAGGCGAGGUUGAACUUUAAGGGCCACCUUGAUACCUACCGGUUCUGUGACGAGGUGUGGACAUUCAUCAUCAAGGAUGUCAACUUCAAGAUGGAUAACUCGUCAACGGAGAGGGCGGAGCGUGUGAAGAUUGUGGCUUGUCAGUCAAAGGAAAAGGCUGCAUGAGUGUGGUGCCAAGGUCUGGUCCACGAAGGCGCAACCCGUGCCAAAUCCAAGUCGCAUAAAUAUGUGGCAAAUCCAUCACAGAAAUCGAAAGAGGCUCUCGGGACGGCUUUGGCUAUCAACGCAUCUAUGGGUGGCGUACGGUGGAAAUAGUGGCAUAUUUGUUUCACCCAACGGAGGCGUUAUGGCCGGACGAUACCCAAAACUGCAACGAACGAAUAUGUGGCCUUGUAGGUCGAGUUAGCACAGAUAUGUUCUCAAUAGAGCUGCUAUUGCACGCUCCAAUACAUCUCCCAA